AGAGAAGUGAAUGGCAUGUGCUUGAUAUGGGAUGCCCCCUUUAGCUUCUGCCUCUCGGGGGGAUUAUGUCGUCACGCUGGGCCCCGAGGCCAUUAUAAAUGCCCCCUAUGGCCCCUUUGUGGUCCGUCAGACCAGCUCUACUAGGUGUGGACAGGAUAUGCUCCGUAACCUCUUCUGUGUCACUCAUCUAGAAUUAGCUGUGUAGAUUUAGCCUUUAGCAUCGAUGUUCAGGUCUCUCUGACACAACCCUCCAAACCUUCCGUGCGUGCAAAACACACACACCUCAUGUUUCUUUAGCAGUCUGGGUGUUGUGCAGGUGAAGAGAAACUACAUCGGCAGAGACUUGUGUGUGACCUACAUGUGUGACCAUUUACAUGCGGCUUCCCACACAGCCUUAGCUAACGGCUAGAUCUAUUAGGUGGACUUUCAUCACUCUGUUCACCUUUGAUUGAUUUUUUUUUUUUUUUUUGUGGCAGCUUCAGAUCAACUAGUUCCUAAUUUAACUUUUUGUACUUGUUAAAAAGGACACUUAUUUUUUUCACUUCAACACUUCGUUUAGCCAUUUUUGCUAACUGUAAAUAAGCUUUAGUUUAUUAUUUUAGUUGGAUCUCAUAAAUCACGAUGUGGGAAUUCCGCUCUAUGAUGUUCUGGCGGGCGGUGUUCGCUGAGUUUUUUGGCACUAUGUUCUUCGUCUUCUUUGGGAUGGGCGCAGCUCUACGCUGGACCUCCGGGCCGUACCAUGUCUUCCACACUGCCCUCUGCUUCGGUUUCGCUGCUGCCACGUUCAUCCAAUCCAUUGGCCACAUCAGCGGAGGACACAUCAAUCCGGCCGUCACCUUCGCCUACUUAAUCGGCUCUCAGAUGUCCUUUUUCCGAGCUUUCUUCUACAUCUGCGCUCAGUGCCUGGGGGCCAUGGCAGGAGCCGCGGCCCUGUAUGGAGUUACACCCAACAACAUGAGAGGCACACUGGCACUUAACACGCUGCAGCCUGGCAUGAGUCUCGGCAUGGCGACUACAGUGGAGGUGUUUCUCACCAUGCAGUUGGUGGUUUGUGUUUUCGCCGUCACAGAUGAGAGACGAAGCGGCCGUCUGGGUUCUGCUGCUCUGUCUAUUGGCUUCUCUAUCACCAUGGGCCACCUGAUGGGGAUGUACUACACUGGAGCUGGCAUGAACCCAGCUAGAUCUUUCGCUCCUGCUAUCAUCAUGAGGAAUUUCAUCAACCACUGGGUGUACUGGGUGGGACCCAUGAUUGGUGGUGCUAUGGGUGCCAUCCUGUAUGAUUUCAUGCUGUUUCCCCGUAUGCGGGGUCUAUCCGAGCGGCUAGCCACUCUCAAGGGCAGCCGAUCCCCAGAGAGCGAGAACCAGGAGGACACCCGCAGGGAGCCCAUCGAGCUGAAGACUCAAACCCUAUAAACCUGCUAACAACCUGGGGACUGAAAUCUGGCUCUACCUCACUGGACCAUCUCGCUAUAAAAUCCUGCGCUGGGGGUCGCAUAUCCAUGCUAAAAUCUUUAAGGGAGAUGAAUUGAGUAGACUAUUUUGUUUAGUAUUCUAGGUUUGUUGUUGAUAUCAAUGCAAGGCAGGGGGAGGGGUUGAGGAAGGGUUCGGGUGGAUGUAGGCGGGGCUAGAGCUGUUUAUUUAAGCAUGCUUUUCACUUUUCAUCUGACUUCACUUUACCAAUUCCUUUUCAAUUUCGUUUUCUACAACACCAAGAUGUGGAUGUAUGCAAUUUAACCAGGGUUUCACACUUUUUAUUUUUCAUUUCUGUGAGAGUUCACGUGAGUGUGCAAGUGAGUGCAAACGUGUGGGUCAUUUUGUGUGUGUGUGAGGGAGAAGGUGCCCAGGUAUGUAGGCUACGUGUGUUUAGCUUGUGCAUGAUGGUCAAGUGUGUGUGUGAGUGUGUCUGUCUGCUGAGCAAUUAUUUUGGGUUUUUAUCAUUACAGCUCGCUCGUGUUUGUACCAUGCUUGUUUUUUUUUUUUCUUAUUUUUACGGGACUAGAAGACACCCCAAACUGUAUUGUUUGCAAUGAUACUCCAUUCACUUUGAGGUUCACACAAACCACCCGUGGACCGAGCUGACUAAACACAGCCGGGCUUAGCCGCCAGUCUCUGCAAUUACUUCUCAAGUUUACAGUGUCUGUGCCUUUCAUUAAAUCUUGUUUGAGGAGAACACCCAUGACUGGGCAAAAAAUAAAAAUAAAAAAGCAACAUGAAUCAUAUUUGAAUGCAAAUAAAUACAUGAAAAAGAAAGUGUUUGUAUAUAUCACAUAUGCACAUGCUUCAUUUUGCUUGUAGCAUGAAUGAUGCAGGAACUAAUAUAAACACCAAACGGCGCUGUACAACAGUCUCUGAGCUGAAAAUAUUUAGCUGCCAUUCGAGUUUUAUUACCGGAGGUUUAAUUAGAGCAGUGGUUCUCAACACCUUCCAAUCAGAAUCAAUACUGCAACCCCA